AUGUGGAUUGAUGCUACUGCUUAUUCGAAUGAGAUUGAUCACGUUCAUCAACAACUGGGUUUUACUUAUAAACAUAUGAAAUCAUUUGAAAAUGAUGAUCAAUGCAAAAUAUACAUUCAACAAUUCAAAGAUAAUGAAAUUCUAUUGAUUAUUGAUGAACAUUUUGGAUCUGUUCUUAUUCCUCUUGUUCAUUCAUUGAGACAAAUCAAUUCCAUAUAUAUAUAUGGCACAAUUUUAAAUAAAUAUUCGGAAUGGACAAGAAAAUUUGUCAAAGUUCGAGUAAUUAUUAGAAGUGUCGAUGAACUAAUCGAAAAACUUCAAGACGAUCAAAGAACAAGAGAAAGAUUCGCUUAUGAACUUUUACCCGUUAGUAUAUUUAACCUCAAUCAUGAUGAAGAACGUUCAUCAACAAAUAUAAAUGGUGGUCUUCUUCAUUUUCAAUUAUUUAUCGAUGGUCUACUUCAUUGUCAACAUAGUCAAACGGAUCGGGAUGCAUUUUUCGAUCUAUGUGAAAAAGAUUACGUUAAAAGUGAUAAACAAUUCUCUACACUUCAACAAUUUAAAGAAUCUUAUAAUCCAGAAAAAGCUCUCUAUUGGUACACACGAGAUAUGUUUAUCUAUCGCAUGCUCAAUAAAGCUUUACGAGUCCAAAAUACAGAUGUUCUAUUUCGAUUUCGAUUUUUUAUUCAAGAUAUGUAUAAUCAACUCAAAAAAUUACAAUAUGAACAAGAUCGAAUACCAAUUCGUGUUUAUCGAGGUCAACUAUUGUCAAAACAAGAAUUGGAUGUUUUAAAAACUUCUAAAGGACAAUUAAUAUCGAUGAAUUCAUUUCUGUCAACAACUCUCGAUCGACAAAUUUCUCUUUUAUUUGUUUCAUCUAAGCAUGAUGAUCUUUGUCCUGUUUUGUUCGAAAUCAGCGUUGAUCCUCAAAUAUCUUCUACAGCAAAACCAUUUGCAAGCAUCAGUUCACAAAGUAAUUUUACAGAUGAACAGGAAAUUCUGUUUAUGAUUGCAUCAAUAUUUCAACUGACUGACAUCAGUCAAGAAAAUGAACUGACUACCAUUAAAAUGAAUUUAUGUAAUGAAAACUAUGAUCAAGACAUCCAAUUUCUUUUUCGACAUAUGCAAAAAGAAAUUGGAAUGAGUAAUGGAUGUUUAACGCUUGGUCAUAUAUUGAGGACAGCGGGAAUGUAUGAUAAAGCUGAAGAAUUUUAUAAGCGAAAUUUAAAUGAAUUAGAAAAUGAUCAUCCGUUAAUCGCUGAUCUGUAUGGUUCGAUAGGUGUGAUACACAAAUCAAAAGGAAAUAUAGAAAUCAGUUUGCAAUGGUUCAACAAAGCCUUUGAAAUGUACACAUCCAUGGGAGAUAAUCGUGGAAUUGCAAGUUGUCUACAGAAUCUGGGUGAUAUUGAACAGAUGAAAGGGAGAUUUCAUGAAGCAAAGGGAAAUUAUCAAGAAGCUCUGAAUAUAUUCAAAACAUUAUUCGGAAAUCAAAAUGAAUCAGUUGCUAAUUGCUUAAAUAAUUUAGGUGCUAAUUAUUUUCAACAACAUCAGCUUACUACAGCAAUUGAAUAUUAUACAAAUUCAUUAAAUAUUCGAGAAACAAUUUUGCCACAUAUGCAUCCUGACAUUGCAAGAUCAUUAAAUAAUAUUGCUAAUGUUUAUUUUUCAAAUAAUCAAUAUGAUCAAGCUCUGCAGUAUUUCAAACAAGCAUUAGAUAUCUUUCAAUUAUCACUACCGUCAGAACAUCCAUCAAUUGCACAAAUUUACUAUAAUAUGAGUUUAACAUAUUUAAAGAAUGGUGAUUAUCAACGAUCAUUAUUCUUUCUUAAUCGAGCAGUUUUGAUUUAUCGAAACACACUUCCACAAGAUCAUAUAGAAAUUAAGCGUUGUAUAAAUACCAUAGAUUACAUCAAACAAAACAUUCUCAAGUAG